AUGUCCUCCGACAACUCUUCCAACUCGAACGCUGGCUCCAACACCAACACCACUCCCAGCUCCAACUCCAACUCCACUUCUUCUACCAGCGGCAACAGUUCUUCGUACGAGUACAAGUCCAGCGGUACCAACAACGAGGGCAAUCACUACUGCGCUCGCGACCACGGCUCUGAUGCCCCCAACGACAACUCCUACCACUACUCCAACACCGACGGCUCGUACUACUACAGCAAUCCCAAUGGCUCGACCUACUACAACUCCGGCGAUGGCUUCUCCAAGUACACUCCUCCUCAGGGCAAGUGA